AUGAUUCCUUUUCAGUUGCAGAGUUAUAUGGCAUUUUUUGCUCUAUGGGCCUUCAAAACCAAUUGUCUGGAUACCUUCAUUGCAGCUGUAUAUGAACAUGCAGUGGUUCUGCCACCUGAUAACAUAAAACUUGAUAGCCGAGAAGAAGCCUUAGCUUUAAUGAAUGAAAACAUGGAUAUUUUGGAAGAAGCAGUUAUAUCAGCAGCAAAGCAGGGUGCACGUAUCAUUGUGACUCCAGAACAUGGUAUUUAUGGAUUCGUCUUUAAUAGAGUAAACCUUUAUCCCUAUUUGGAGGAUAUUCCACACCCAAAAGUGAACUGGACCCCAUGUACAGAUGACUCCAGAUUUGGCUCCACACCAGUACAAAAAAGACUCAGCUGUAUGGCCAGGAAUAACUCCAUCUACAUGGUGGCAAAUAUUGGGGAUAGAAAGUCAUGUGAUCCCACUGAGUCCAAGUGUCCUUCUAAUGGCUACUACCAGUACAACACUAAUGUGGUAUAUGAUUCAGAGGGGAAAUUGGUGGCCCGAUACUAUAAGAAAUAUAUGUUAAUGAAUGAAGCCCAAUUUGAUACCCCAACGGAGCCCCAGUUGGUGACUUUUGACACAACUUUUGGAAAGUUUGGCAUUUUAACAGGCUUUGACAUACUAUUUCAUGACCCUGUGGUACCUUUGGUGGAAAAGUUGAAAGUGGAUACAAUCUUGUUACCAGUAGCUUGGAUGAAUACUUUGCCACAUUUAUAUCCUACUGCAUUCCACUCAGCUUGGGCUAUGGGAAUGAGAGUCAAUUUGCUUGUAGCCAAUAUCCACAGCAUUAGCAAUCAAAUGACAGGAAGUGGUAUCUAUGCACCAGAUUCUGUCAAGGCGUAUUAUUUUGAUAGGAAAUCAGAUGAUGGGAAGCUUCUCGUUUCGGAACUAGACACACAUCCCAUAGUCCGACCACCAGUGAAUUGGACCUUAUAUGCUAGCAGUAUAAAGCCUUUCUCAACUGAGCAAGAGGAAUUUAAAGCCUUAGUACUUUUUGAUAUGUUCACCUUUAAAGAACUCACAAAUGAUACAGGAAACUAUACUGUUUGUCAGAACACACUGUGUUGUCACUUGAGCUACAAAAUGUCUGAGAAGAGAACAGAUGAAGUCUAUGUUGUAGGGGCUUUUGAUGGACUUCACAUUGCUGAGGGGGAAUAUUACUUACAGAUUUGUACUCUGUUGAAAUGCUUGACAACUCUAAUAGAAACUUGUGGGCAGCCAGUUGAGAAUGCCUCUACUUGGUUUGACAUGUUUUCUCUCAGUGGCACAUUUGAUUCUCCUCAUGUCUUUCCGGAGCUGUUGCUGAGUGGUCUUCAAAUUGCACCUUCAGAAUUUGAGAUUUUAAGUGAUGGACGCAUAAUAAACCAGAAUGGUACUUCUGCACCUGUGUUAAUGGUGACUCUAUUUGGGAGGCAGUAUGAGAAGACUAAACCACCCAAUGCUUCAGUGGAUCUAGAAACUACAUCAAUGAUGAUAAUAACUAUGUUUUUUGUUCUGUAUUCAACAAUUUGGUAG